UAUAGUCUUCAGACUAUAAAAAUAGUCUUCACACACAAUAUUGUUCACAGAAAGUUUCCUUUUGAAAUCUUUGUAUUUAUUUAUUUUAGAGUGAAGUGAAGAAUUGAAAAGUGAAGAUAGUAGACCCCUUUUGGCAUUUACUCUCAGGAUUUACUAAAGGCACAAAGUGAAAAAUUAGCGAUUAAAAGAUGUGGACAGUUAUUUUUGCAGCUGAGUUUAUUGCAUAUGCAAUUGCAGGAGUUUCCCUUUCAGACGCAAAGUUCACGGGAGACGAAAAUUUAAAUGAAUCAUCCAAGUUGAUUUACUAAGGUUUGCAGUAAUUUAGUGGUAUUUACACCAUUCUUUAACACCCCAAAGAAUGUCUUUAGCCAUUUUGUGCCUGUGUUGUUAGUAGAUUAUGUGCACCUGAUUCUCAUCUGUUCUGCUUGUUUGCGACCCUACUAUAAAUUGUGCUGCUCUUGGUAGAUUGUGUUGCUCAUUGCUGCGCCUGUGUUCUUUAAUUUGCCAAUUUAAUUUGUCAGUAGAUCACUGCACAACUCCCAUCGGUACUGUUAUGGCAUUGUGAUCUCACACUAAUUUGCCCUGUUUAGUAAAUCUGGUCCUUAAUGGUUUGGGUCAGGGGUCAUGAUAUGCAGUAGACACCCAUAAACAUUUUGCAAUGAUGGUCAUGCCUUUUUUAUGAUAAAUAUUUAUAAAGCUUUACCUUCUCAAAAAAAAAAAAAAAAAAGAAGAAAAGAAAAGAAAAAUGCUAAGGAUAAUCGCCAAAUCGUGUUUAAUUUUUAAAUCAACUGAUGUUUUGAGUGCCAAGUGCUGUAUUGCAAUGAAACACAUGUGAAAGAUCAAACAAGCUCUUAGAAAAAACCCUAGGGUUUAUUUGUUAGAUCCUCACAGUCACAGACCAGUUGCCAUGAACAAAAGUGUUAUUUAUUAGCAGGUCAGUGGUCAUUACAGCCUCCAUAUUUUGAGAUCAUAUACUGUAAGAUUUGACCACUAGUGUAAGGUAAUAGUUGAAUGUCUUUUUGGAUUUUUGUCUUUUAUGCAGUUGAUUUUCAUGGAUCAUAAUUAUUUGAUGAACAUGGAUAAUAUCACAUCUUUUCCUACCUACACCCUGAUGGAACCAAGAGACUCUAAAUCAUACAGACAUAUAUAUUUCACAUGCUUUUUGGUGCUCUAUAUUAUGAUACUUCUUGUUAACACUUGGGUCAGUGUUGUUAUUGUCUUGAAGAAAGCCCUUCAUGAACCAAUGUACAUUUUUCUGUGCAAUCUGUGUGUAAAUGAUAUUUAUGGAGCAGCAGGAUUUUAUCCUAAAUUCCUACAUGAUUUAAUGCUGGAUUCAUAUGUGAUUCCUUCUUACAUGUGUGCAUUUAAAGCUUUUGUGAUCUACACUUCAGUUAUGUGUGACUGUACUACAAUAACUGUAAUGGCAUAUGACAGACAUGUGGCCAUAUGUCAACCUUUAGACUAUCAUACAAAACUGAACAAAUUUUCAUGCAGUGUAUUACUUGGCUUCUGUUGGAUCCUACCCUUUGUUUACAUGAUUAUUCUUCUUGUGUUGUCAAAUAGGCUGAAAUUGUGUAAAUAUCACAUUAAUAAAUUGUACUGUGACAAUUGGUCUAUGGUAAAACUUUCAUGUGAGUCAAAUGUCAUCAAUAAUAUUUAUGGAUAUUUUGUAAUUUCAUUUUAUUCUUGCUUGACUGUUUUUGUUAUUUUGUCAUAUAUAAAACUUAUCAUUGCAUGCAAAGCGUCAUUAGAGUGCAGAAGGAAAUUUUGGCAGACAUGUGUGCCUCAUAUGUUAACAGUGAUGAAUUAUGUUGUUGCUGUGUUUUUUGAUGCCAUGUACACCAGAUAUGGCUCAAGCAAUGUCUCGGAGAAUCUGCAAAAUUUUUUGGCUCUAGAGAUGCUUAUUGUGCCACCUCUUGUCAAUCCAGUAAUCUAUGGGUUAAAACUCCAGGAAGUACGCAAAAGAAUCUUGAAAUCCUUUGUUAAUAUCAGAAGACAAUAA